AAUUUUAAAUCGCUUCGAGUGCGGUGUGAAAAGCAUUAAUUGUCGGUUGUGUGCUCGGGAGCUCCGACUUUUUAGUUUUAAAUCAACAAAACGUUUCCUUGAACUUGCUGGAAAUAACUAGUUGCCAAUAAGGCCAGUGGAAAACAAGAGUGGAAGAUUUCUUUAAACUCAUAACUCAAAGAUGGUACUGACGGAGGCCCUUUUCGUGGUGGUGGCUGCCCUGGUGGCGGUGUACAUGUGGUGCCAGCGAAACCACAGCUACUGGCAGCGCAAGGGCAUUCCGUAUAUCCCACCCACACCGAUUAUUGGAAACACGAAGGUGGUAUUCAAGAUGGAGAACUCCUUUGGCAUGCACCUCUCGGAGAUCUACAAUGAUCCCCGAGUUAAAGACGAGGCCGUGGUGGGCAUAUAUUCCCUUAACAAACCCGGCUUGAUUAUUCGCGACAUAGAGUUGAUCAAAUCCGUGCUGAUCAAGGACUUCAAUCGGUUCCACAACCGUUACGCCCGCUGCGAUCCCCACCGCGAUCCCCUGGGCUAUAACAACCUAUUUUUCGUGAGGGAUAGCCAUUGGAAGGACAUUCGCACCAAGCUAACGCCUGUUUUUACCAGUGGAAAGGUGAAGCAGAUGUAUACCCUAAUGCAAGAGAUUGGUAGCGAUUUGGAGGCAGCUCUAAAGAGACAUGGCGAGAAGAGCUCCGGCAAGUACAUCACCGAGAUCAAGGAGAUCUGCGCCCAGUUCUCCACGGACAGCAUAGCCACCAUUGCCUUUGGUAUCCGUGCGAAUAGCCUGCAGAAUCCCAACGCCGAGUUCCGUAACUUCGGACGUAAGCUCUUCACCUUCACCAUAUCCCGUGCCAAGGACUUCUUCGUGGCCUUCUUCCUGCCCAAACUGGUGUCCCUGAUGCGCAUCCAGUUCUUCACACCGGACUUUUCCCGCUUCAUGCGGAGCACCAUUGGCCAUGUAAUGGAGGAACGAGAGCGAACGGGCUUCAUCCGCAACGAUCUGAUUGAUGUCUUGGUGGGUCUGCGCAAGGAGGCGGCCGCUGAGCCCUCGAAACCGCACUAUGCCAAGAACAAUGACUUCUUGGUGGCCCAGGCGGGUGUCUUCUUUACGGCUGGCUUCGAGACCUCCUCCUCGACGAUGUCCUUUGCUCUGUAUGAGUUGGCCAAACAUCCCGAGAUGCAGCAACGACUGCGCCAGGAGAUCAACGAAGCUUUGGUCGAAGGCGGUGGCACACUGUCCUACGAGAAGAUCCAGUCCCUGGAGUACCUAAGCAUGGUGGUGGAUGAGGUGCUGCGCAUGUAUCCGGUACUGCCCUUCCUGGAUCGCGAGUACGAGAGUGUCAAGGGUCAGCCGGAUCUGAGCCUGAAGCCGUUGUACGAUUAUACAUUUGAGAACGGAACACCAGUGUUUAUACCCGUCUAUGCAUUGCAGCAUGAUCCAAAGUACUGGACCAAUCCCAGCCAGUUUGAUCCGGAACGCUUCUCGCCCGAGAAUCGCAAGUCCAUCGUGGCCAUGGCAUACCAGCCCUUCGGAUCCGGUCCCCACAACUGCAUCGGCAGCCGGAUUGGCCUGCUCCAGAGCAAACUGGGCCUCGUCAGCCUGCUGAAGAAUCACUCGGUCAGGAGUUGCGCGGCCACCAUGAAGGAGAUGAAGUUCGAUCCCAAGGGCUUUGUGCUGCAGGCCGAGGCCGGCAUCCAUCUGGAGAUCGUUCAUGAUCGCCUCUACGAUGAAAGCGCCGCACGGGGCGAUUGAAUCAAUUGUGAAGUAUAGUAUGCGGAAUAGAUAGUUGUAGUGAUUGGCUGAUGGGGUAGGUAAUCGCUUUUUGACAGCUGGCAUUUGCUUAAGUUAUAAUACACAUUAUACAACAAUCCGUGUCAGUAGCGGCGCCUUGUCUACUCAAUAAAAACAAAAAACAAAAUCA